UCCCAGCGUCCAUGGCUGCGGUUUGGAGGUCCGGUCCCGGGACUCGGCUCCUCUUCCUGCUGCUGGCGGCUCCGCUCCUCCAUGUCGCCGUGUCCCUGGAGCCGAUCAGCGUGGGCAUCGCCAUAGCCGCCGCUUCGGCCAUUACAGGCUAUGUGUCCUUCCCUGAGUUCUACUGCGGGCGCCUUGUGGAGUGCUGCCAGGUGGACAAGCCCAUCAACGGCACAGCCUUACAGGCCGACUUGCAGAAGAAACUUUUUGGGCAGCACCUGGCACACGAAGUCAUAUACAGGACAUUGACUGGAUUUAUGAGCAAUGAGAACCCCAAGAAGCCCCUGGCGUUAUCCCUGCACGGCUGGACCGGCACGGGCAAGAACUUUGUCAGCCAAAUGAUUGUGGAGAAUAUUUAUGAAAUGGGAAUGAAGAGCAAAUUUGUCCAUCUCUUUGUGUCUACCGUUCACUUCCCGCACAACAACCUGAUCCCCCUCUACAAGGACCAGCUCCAGUCGUGGAUCCGAGGAAACACUAGUCGUUGCGCUCGCUCCAUAUUUAUAUUCGAUGAAAUGGACAAGCUCCACCCUGGUCUUAUUGAUGCCAUCAAGCCCUUCCUGGACUACUAUGAGCACAUUGAUGGCGUGUCCUACCGCAAAGCCAUCUUCAUUUUCCUCAGCAAUGCCGGUGGUGAUCUGAUCAAUAGGCAGAUGUUGGAAUUUUGGAAAGCGGGGAGGAAGAGAGAGGAUCUGGAGCUGAAGGAUAUGGAGAACGCGCUGUCUGUUGGACUGUUCAACAACAAUAACAGUGGCUUCUGGCACAGCAGCCUCAUCGAGAAGAACCUGAUAGAUUGCUUUGUCCCCUUCCUGCCGCUGGAGUUCACUCACGUGAAGAAAUGUGUCCUGGCGGAGCUCAGACAUCGGGGCUAUGUAGAGGAUGAAGAGUUGGCAUCUGAGGUGGCGAAGGACAUGACGUACUCCCCGAGAGAAACCAAGUUGUUUUCUGACAAAGGCUGUAAAACUGUGUCGGCCAAGCUGAGCCUCCAUCUGUAGCUCCAAGACUGUGCCAACAGUGGUGCCAGGGACUGCGCAGAUAGUGACUGUUCUGUUUCUUAAAGGAGUUGGCCCAUCUCACACCUCGGUGGCGUAUCGCUAGGAUAGGCCACCAAUGCCAAAUAGGUGCAGGUUCCACCUCUGGGGAGCGCUAUGCCACCAAUGUGUGAGAUCAGCCGACCCCUUAAAUGGCAGGAAUUGAGAAGUUUCUAUCCACAUUGACUGUUACACUAAUACCUACUGAUCUCAGGAAAACUUGCCUUGUACAUCAAGGUUUCGCCUUUUGCGCGGACGAUGAUUUGGUGACGCUCGUCUUGGAGCAGCGAUCCACGAAUUAAAGACGUCUCCGCAGUUGCUCCUUAGGACUGGCAGCAGAAGAAUUCUGGUACCCAGGUGGAUGCACUUGGCUACGUUACUAAGACGCAAGGGGAUCAUGGGUUCAUACCCAUUUUCAUGCAUGGAACGCCCUACCUGAGCUUGGCAUGGGGGCAGUUCAGGUCGACAAGGAGGUCUUCUGGUGGGUGGGCAUGACUCUGUGCGUAUCUGAAUGUGGACAGGAGGGAUCUGGGGUGGCACGAUUUACCACUUAUUAACCUUCACCACUACAUUUUAACGCUUUGUCACUAUUGCCUUAGGAUGGCUGGUGUGGGAUGCCAGGCACCAGCGGGCAGUGCAGUUUGGCUUUUAUGAAAUUGGGUGCUCAUCUACUCUCGCCCGACCCCCAUACCCUUUGGACAUCUUUGUAUUUGACAGGUACCCCUCAUUACUAAGGGGUUGCAACGUGGAAGGAUUACAUGGCACCCACUAAAAGCAAUAUGCCAUGCCAGCUUUCAGGAUGGGGACCCCCCCCUAAUAACUCCAUAUUUCAAGAGGAUAGCCCCUUUAAGUUGCACUCCUUGUCGCAUGACCAGAUCCUGUCACAGAAUGAUUGUGCAAAUGCGUAUAUAUUCCUAUGGGUGUGAUUAUCGUGUCUUUGGGUGUCACAUGUCACUGUCUUAAAGGGGUCCUCCAGCUUUUUAACACUUUGCCUUCCUGGACCUGUGGUGGGAAGUUUAGUUCCAGCUCCUUCGGUCCAAUGUUGCGUUCACAGUCCCCCCGCAAGUAAAUUUCCGGCAGAGGCCAAUAAAUGGCUGCUUGUGCGUCCAGCAGCAGCACACAUGAAACGCAGCUCCUUUCCCAGUCCAUACUGGAAAUUUACAAGAGGGGACCAGAGCAUGAUGGUGCGAAGAAGCCGAAAGCGAGCUGUGGGGAGCACGUGUCUGUCAGGGAGGGGGAGAUGGCAAAAGCUGGCGAACCCCUUUAAACUGCACUUAUCAGCAGGAUCAACUCUAUUAAAUCGGGUAUACUUCCUGGUAGGGUUGAUUCUGCUGAUUAAAAUGAUAUUUGUCUUGUGAAAAUUGUUUGCGGCGUUCCGGAGGGGAAAAAAGACUUUUAUUCUUUAUGCAAAUGAGGGUUUUAGUGCACCGAGGGGCGGGGCCUGGCUACCUCAGCUUUCCAGUGUUCACCACGCCCCUCGAAUCGGCACGAUCAACCCUACCAGGCAGUAUGCCCAGUAUGAUAGGGUCGACCCUGCUAGCAGGUGCUUUUUAAGAUUAUAUGUUACAAAAAAUUAUGGUCGAAAUUGACUAAUCUCCUUCCAGUGAGUGAUUUUAUGCUACUUGUGAUCAGUAACAUGAAAUUGCACCGAAAAUUCCGGUAAUCCAGAAAACGCAGCUCUUUCUGGAUUAUUGGGUGCGUUAAAUUUCCACUGAAAAGCAAGAGAACCCAUCCCGCUCAGAGGUCCAUAAAGCUGUUCUGCAGAGGUGGAUUUUGCACGUUGAGGUCUGGCAAGAGGAGGGUUAAUUUUUUCUUUUAAUUACAGUAAUAUAAAUUAAUGGAAAAAUCUGUUUUUAUUUUUAUAUAUUUCUGUAUGGCAGCAGGAAAAUUGAGUUUACGGUGUGGUAAGGUGGGUAGUGGAUUUUUGCAAAAUUUAAAGAGGAAGUACACAAAAAAGAAAUCGGGUGUCGUCUUCCGAGUUGUUAAAGGGGUUCUCCGAUUUUCCUAUAUAUCCUUAGGAUAGAUCAGGCAUGCUCAACCUGCUGCCCUCCAGCUGUUGUAAAACUACAACUCCCAGAAUGCCCUGCUGUAGGCUGUUCAGGCAUGCUGGGAGUUGUAGUUUUGCAACAGCUGGAGGGCCGCAGGUUGAGCAUGCCUGGGAUAGAUCAUCAGUUUAGGAAACGCCUUCUAUUCAGCCCUGAAGAAAGCUGGGUGACCACCGGCAGCUGAAUCGUAUUGCUUGUCACUCAUUUUUUUUUCUAGAAACAGCGCCACUCGUAUCCAGUGGCUGCAUCUGGUAUUGCAAAUACCAGAUGGACGCAAUGGACAAGAGUGGCACUCUUUGAGGGGGGGUGGGAGGCUGGGCAGACAACCCUAAUUUCUAAGAGAGCCUUUAAAAAUACAAGUGAUUUUUAUUUUUGAAUUGACAGUUCAUUUUUGUAAAUGCCCAGCAGGUUACCAACAAAGUGAUAUUUUACCGCCUGUUAUGGUUACCAACAUUUGUACUGAUGACCAAAAUUCUGACUAAAAUAAAUUAAAAUUUUUA